UUUCACUCAAAAGCCAGAGCCCGGCUUUUAGCUUCUGUUCUAUCUUCAGAGCAAAGAGAGCGAGAAACAUGACCUCAGUUGCUUCUUCUUUCUUGCUUUUGUUAUCUUCUCUAGCCCUUCUCUCUAUUGCAAAAAGUCAAGAUAGAGCUCCCCAUGGCAUUGCCUAUGAGAAUCCCGUGGCCUUCUCACCAUCUGCAUAUGAAUUUUUCCACCCCAAAACACAAGACCCUGAUGCCAAUCACCCCUGUGCUGCUGCGUCCAGCUGCUCACCAUUGCCCGUUGCAGUUGAGGUAAGAGCAAAUCAAGCACUCGAAAGCAAGGUCUUAGCACGGCAAAAUGGAGGGGACAACCGGGUAGCGGCAGGAGGAGUAGCUGCAAUUGUGUUUGGUUGUGCAUUUGUGGUGCUUCUAGGUAUGGGAGUCUACUAUUUAGCAAUCACUCGUCGAGCCAACCUAAGCCGGCCAAAAACAGUUCAACCUGAAGCUUGAUUUCCUUUGUAUAUGUACAGUAAGCUCCGCAAUAGUUAGAGCAGAGCCUUAUGUUCUAAGCUUUUCUUCUUCUAUUAUGGAGUAUGAGUGUAUUAAUUAAUGAUUGUGAUUGCU